UAGAAGGAUGAAUACAAGAAGCUACAAAGCUUGCGUAAGUUAUCUAAUACGGAGGUUGAGGUGCUUAAGAUGAAGCGCGUUGAAGCUGAGCUUAAGCGCAUGGAGGCAGAGAAGCAGGUGAAGAGUCUUCAAGACAAGCUAAGUGAGCUGUCUGCGAAGGAGAAGGAGGAUGAGCCAGUGACGGGGGGAACUAAUCUGAAGGAGCGGUUGGAGGAAGUAGCGCUACGAUCAACGCACUGCCUUGUCUGCGCUCCUCCGCUGCCUUGCUGCCCGUCCCGCUUGCGUCACAUGUUGUUCUUUGCAAGCUGCUCUGUUCACUGUGAGCUCGUUCCUUCACUGCAUGCUUCUCAAGGACAAGAUACACGUGCGGCUUUCUCAUCGUCCGGAGGUUCCUCCGCCACUUCGUCUUCAUCAAGGGAUUCGGCAAGCGCGUUCAACGAGGAGUUCUUGGACCCGCUCACGCCCGAGGACUUCGCUUGGAUUCCUCUCCCUACGACGGGCAACCUUCCGGGGCCGCAAAGCGCAGCACUAUCCGCCCUCUUACACGAGUAUCUUUCCUUCCAUGCACCACCAACUUCGUCGACGGUAGACGAAGUCGCGGUGGGGAACAUGCUUGGCUAUGUUGCCAAGGUGGCCCGCGAGUUUGUCUCGCAACGGUACAAAGAAAACAACGCACCGUUGCUCUACGUUCGCUUUCAGAUUGGGCAAGCGGCCUGCAACGCCUUGCUAGAUUGUGGCGCAACUCGCAACUUCAUCAGCCAGUCCUUCAUGACUCGGGCUGGCCUURGCGCACAAGUACGGAGGAAGUCACAUCCGACGACGAUCGCUCUUGCCGACGGUAAGAUGAAACAACUUUUAGACCGUUACAUCUCGGCUGUCCCGGUGUACUUUGCACCGCACGCAUGUCAACCCGUCACUUUUGACAUAUUGGACACCGACUUCGAUGUCAUUUUGGGGAUGCCUUGGCUUUCUAGCGCGAACCACACGGUCAAUUUCCAUCGACGCACGCUCACGAUUCGUGAUGCAACUGGUGCCGAGGUCCCAUGUACUAUUCCUCCUCCUCGCUCUUCCAUUAGGUGCCAAGUCGUGAGUGCCAAAUCUUUUCGAGACGCAUGCCGUUCCGAGCAUGUCGAAGAGAUUGGCAUCGCUUUGCUUCGAACCGUCCCGACGACCGAUUCAUCGUCCACAGAAGUGUCUUCCGACCCCCGUGUGACCCAGUUGUUAGACGAGUUCUCGGAUGUUUUUAAGACACCCUCCGAUAUAGUGCCGGACCGGCCAAUCUCUCACGAGAUCAUACUUGAGGCCGGCGCCGUGCCACCGAAAGGAUGCAUUUAUCGCAUGUCCGAGGAGGAGCUCACGGUUCUUUGUGCGCAACUCGACGAUCUACUCGACAAGGGUUGGAUCCGCCCUAGCAGCUCACCUUACGACACCCGGAGUGAGAAGAGCACUAGCCCCUACACUCUGGAGCAGCAAGAGAAGAUGGUCGCCUUAGUAAGAGAGAACAAGGAGAGGAAAGAGCUCCUGAAACAGGCGAAGCUAAAGGCAAUCGCAGAGGAGCACGCGGCGAAGAUGAAGGAAUUGGAGGAGGAGAUGGAGAAGAGGAAGAAGGUUGCUAAAGAAGAAGCGGCAGCAGAAGCAGAAGAGGAGAGGAAACGCAAGGAAGUGAAGGGAGAGAGUCGUGGCACGGCGAAUGACGACGCUGCGAUGGAAAAGAAAGUCGGUGAGUGGAUUGCUAAUUUAUCAUUGGGGGAAGAUGAGGAGGCAGAGUUUUAUGUGCCCCAGGACGAGAGGGAUGCGUUAGCCAAUGAGUUAGCAGCAAUGGAGGACCCCCUGGAAAGACAAGAAAGAGAGGAGGAGAAAAAGUUGGAGUGGAAAUUGAGAAUGAAGAGGGAAAAGAAGAGAAGGAGGGAUGAAGUUAAUAGGUUGACCGCAGAGGUGGCGAAGGUGAAAGAUUGCAAGCAGGAGGUGCAGGCUCAGGCAAACACCUCGGCCAAAAUGGAAAAGGUGUUGGGGUACCUGGAGGUGUUGAGCGCGGCUUGGAUGGAGGAACGCCAAGCCAAUAGGGCUCAAGAGGUGGCCCUAAAGGCCAUGCGGGCAGGUUCUCGGGAUUUUGCGCGCGACCUAGUCACCCACGUUGGAGGAGAAGUCAGGCGGUUGAGAGACAAUGUGGGGAAGUUCUGUGAGGGCGCAAUCGAGGGUGUCAAAGUAGUAGCCGCUGUAGAGAGUGAGGCUAGACCUCGGAAAGAGCCCUUUAAGCUUAAGUUCCCAGAUGCAUACGGGGGAAAGAAGGAGGAGAAUUUUUAUAACUGGGAGGCAAGCGUCAAUAGCUACGUCUAUUUACAGCACAUCCUGACUGAGGAGCAAGUCCUCGUCGCCUUCCAGGCCCUCAAGGAUGAAGCGGCCAGUUUUGCCAGAUCUCUUGCCCACGCAGCCGGUUGUGAAAACAACCUGGUUGCAUAUUCCAAGGUUACCCCCCUUCCUCACUUCUUCAAGCUCCUGAGGGAGCGAUUUGCUGACCCAACGAGAGGCGUUCGCGCCUCUGACAAGCUAAAGACUAUCCACUCGCAACAGUGGAGUGCAAGGGCACUCAAGGGCGUCAUGGACGACUUAGUAGCCGUCCGAGACCACGGGGUCACUGAGCCCCAGUUGGUCCAGUUGUUUUAUCGUGCCAUGCCAGAGCGCCUGCGUGGGCAUUUCUUUGAUAGGUCUCAACAGGCCGACAUCACCUAUGAUGUGUUGAACAGAGAAGUGGUCCUGUUUGAGUCGAAGUCCAUGCCAGUAUCCACUUUCUGGCAUAAGGACCUGGACAAAGGGAAGAAGUGGAAGGGUAGUACCAUCUCAGGCCAAGUCAGGGCCAAGGAUCACAUGAUCCUUACCUUAGAAGAAGGUGGUACUGAUGAAGUCCCCUACAGUGAGAUUGAGUGGGGGUUAGAGGAGGAGGACAGCAGCGUAGGGCAGGGGAGGUCUUAUGCGGCUGUCGCGGCUGGAGGGAGGCCGCAAGGUAGAGGAGGAGGUCAGGGCCAAAGGGGCCAGGCCAUGGGAGGCCGAAAACCGGGCGCACAGGGAGUUGGCGGACAAGGGAACCGCCAAGUGGGAGGUAGGGGUCAAGGUCCCCCCCCGAAUCGUCAAGAUAACACCUUGACACAUUGCUGUCUCAGUGCUCCCGCGUUCGCGCGACUAGUGAAAAAGGAGCAGUUAGAGGAUCAGGUCUUUGUAGUAUAUGUUAGACCUGUCACUGAGCCUAAGGAAGGAGAUAGUUCCACAGAUCCAACCAUUGCCAAGUUGUUGGAAGAGUUUAAAGACCUAAGCGAGUCGCCAACAGGAGUAGUGUCGCGACCCAUCCAGCAAAGAAUAGAGAUAGAGCCUGGCAGUAGAACUCCUAAGGGAGCAGUCUACAGGAUGUCCCCUAGAGAGUUGGAGGAGCAACGUAAGCAGUUAGACGAGCUCCUAGAGAAAGGUUGGAUCAGGCCGAGUUCGUCUCCUUUUGGAGCACCUGUUCUGUUUGUUCCCAAGAAGGAAGGAGAACUUCGUAUGUGUAUAGACUAUAGGGGUUUGAAUGCUAUCACAGUGAAGAAUGUUGAACCACUGCCCAGGAUAGACGAUCUUUUAGAUCGGUUGCAGGGUCGCAAGUAUUUCUCUAAGAUAGAUUUGAAGUCCGGAUACCAUCAGAUAGAGGUUCAUCCUGAUGACCAGUAUAAGACUGCGUUCCGGACUAGAUAUGGGCAUUAUGAGUUCAUUGUGAUGCCCUUUGGACUGACCAACGCGCCAGCUACAUUUCAGCGUUGUAUGAAUGAUUUGUUUAGACCCUGGUUAGAUAAGUUCGUAGUAGUCUAUUUAGAUGACAUAUUAGUGUUCAGCAAGACCCUCCAAGAGCAUCAGGGUCAUUUGAGGCAGGUCUUGGAGAAGCUGAGAGAGGCUAACUUCAAGAUCAAUUCGAAGAAGUGUGAGUGGGCCAAGACACAGGUUUUGUACUUGGGCCACGUGUUAGACGGAGAUGGCAUUAAGCCAGAGGACAGCAAGAUAGCGGCAAUUAGAGACUGGCCGACGCCCCGCACAUUGACAGAGUUGCGGUCGUUUCUAGGCCUAGCCAACUACUAUAGGAAGUUCAUGAGGAACCUCUCCACUAUCGCCGCUCCCUUGCGCAGGUUGCUAAAGGAAGAGGCAAUCUGGCAGUGGGACAAAGAUUGUACGUCUGAGCUAAAGAAGUUAAAGCGCGCGUUGAUAGAGUACCCUAUCCUCAAAGUAGCUGAUUCGUCUUUGCCAUUUGUCGUCACCACGGACGCGAGUCAGUAUGGUAUAGGCGUCGAGUUACAGCAGGACGACGACAAAAGCUACAGACCCGUAGAGUUUAUGUCAGUGAGGAUGCCCUCAGAGAAGGUUGCUACCUCGACAUACGAGAGGGAACUCUACGCUCUCAGGCAGGCCUUAGAACACUGGAAACAUUACCUGCUUGGGAGGCACUUCAAAAGGCACGUACAGAGUUAGUAAUACGAAAGUUUUUUUAUUUUGGGUUAGUGAGAAUGGAGUCCCAUUGUCAAUAGUUAGCGAUAGAGAUAGUCGCUUCACCAUCCAGAACUGGCAAGAACUCAUGGGAGUUUACGGAUCAAAGUUGUUAAUGUCGUCUGGUCGCCACCAAGAGACUAACGGUCAGACCGAGCAAAUGAACAAAAUCCUACAGCAAGU